GAGGCACGCCAUUGGCCAUCCUCCCCCCUACCACCUGGAUCACUGUUUUCAAGGUUUCUCUCACUCUCUUUCAAGAACUCCGAGACCCGGAAACAGAGAGAAUAACCCGAGGUGCAGACUGCAGAGGGUUAGAAGUUAGAAUCCAUGGGAGUUCUCUCUUGACUUCCGGUGCCUCAAGUUCCAGACAAAACUGCCGGAAAACCUGUCGGUCCGUCCCAUAAAAUGACGGUCUUCGGUCACUCCGGUGGCAGUUUUCUUGCGGGAAAACAGGUUUUUCCGGUUGAUUGUCAGACGGAGGUAUCUCAGCGUCUCGUGGAAGCCUCGCACAUUGGAGAUCUGAAUUCAGCAUUAGAAUGCAUCGCCGAUCCCUGCGUCGACGUGAACUUCAUCGGUGCUGUUUCCCUCAAGUCGAGGAAGACAGAGGUCCUGCUACAUGGUGAAUCCGCAGAUGAAGUUCGGAUCGAGUACGAGGAGUUUAAGACCUACGUCACGCCGUUGUUUCUCGCAGUUCAUACUGGAAACCUGACGCUGGUUCGGAAACUACUGAGCGUGGGUGCCGAUGUGAAUCAGAAUCUAUUUAGAGGCUAUGCGACAACAGUGGCAGUGAGGGAGGGUUACCACGAGAUCUUGGACAUCUUGAUCAAGGCCGGAGCGUCCCAGCCGGCGUGUGAGGAAGCACUCUUGGAGGCUAGUUGCCAUGGACGGGCUAGGCUUGCGGAGCUUCUUAUGGGUUCGGACCUCAUCCGGCCCCAUGUUGCUGUGCAUGCGUUGGUCAUCGCAUGCUGCAGAGGGUUUGUGGACGUCGUGGACACCCUCAUGAAGUGCUGGGUGGAUGCGAAUGCCACUGAUCGAGUGCUGCUACAAUCGUCCAGGCCUUCGCUUCACACAAACGUGGAUUGCACCGCACUCGUGGCUGCCAUUGUCAGCAGACAGGUCUCCGUCGUCCGUUUGCUCUUGCAGGCCGGAGUCAGAACGGACGCCAAAGUGCAGCUAGGAGCGUGGUCCUGGGACACCAAUUCGGGGGAGGAAUUCCGGGUGGGCGCAGGACUAGCAGAGCCCUAUGCUGUCACCUGGUGCGCAGUGGAGUAUUUUGAGGCCAGUGGGACUGUCCUGCGCAUGCUCCUUCAACACCAUUCUCCCGACACUCCGCACUAUGGGAGGACCCUCAUUCACCACGCUAUCCUCUGUGGAAAUGCAGGAGCUUUAGAUGUGCUCUUGGACUGUGGCGCCGACGUAGAAUUCCCUGUAAGAACCCGGAAGACUGAGUUCCAUCCAAUACACUUGGCCGCACGACUUGGCUUAGCCGAAAUACUUCAACGCUUGAUUGAUGCCGGCUGCAACAUCAACUCCAGAACUGAGUCUGGCGAUACGGCUUUGAUGAUUUGCGCAAGAUUUAGACAGGAGGAGUGUCUCAGAGUCCUUGCUUCAUCUGGUUCUGACUUUGGCCUAAUCAACUUGGCUGGUCAGUGUGCAAGUUCAAUCGCUGGAUCAAACCGAUGGACUCUUGGCUUCCAACGAGCAUUGCUCGAUGUAGUUCGUGCUGGGAAGGUUAUCCAAUCGAGCAAUGCAUCCGUAUUUUGCCCUUUGUUGUUUGUUGCUGCCACAGGGGACACUGUGGCAUUGAAUACACUGAUCAGAUGGCCAGGUAUCAACCUUAACCUUCAGGAUGAGAAUGGAUUCACAGCUGUCAUGGUUGCCGCCAGGGAGGGCCAUGUGGAAGCCUUCCGGGUGCUUGUUUAUGCUGGAGCUGACGUAAAGCUGGAAAACAAAUCUGGUGAUACAGCACUUGUUUUAUCCGAGCUUAACCAAAACCACGAUCUAUUCGAGAAGGUGAUGCUUGAAUUUGCACUUGAAAAGGGUAAUCGUGGGGCUGAUGGGUUCUAUGCCUUGCAUUAUGCAGCUCGCUGGGGCGAUGUGGAUGCAAUUCGUUUGUUAACUAGUAGGGGCUACGAUGUCAAUGUACCUGACGGGGAUGGGUACACUCCUCUCAUGCUAGCGGCAAGGGAAGGCCAUGGAUGCAUGUGCCAAUUGCUGAUCUCGUGUGGAGCCCGUUGUGAUAUCAAGACUGCCAGAGGGGACUCUGCUCUCUCCCUUGCAAGAAGGAACGAUGGAUAUGAUGCUGAGCGUGUGAUAUUAGAUGAGCUUGCUCGGAAGCUCGUGCUAAGUGGGGCGCAUGUGCAGAAACACACUAAAGGAGGGAAAGGGACUCUUCAUGGGAAAUUUUUGAAGACAGUGGAAGCCACAGGAAUACUUAGGUGGGGAAAAUCAGGUAGGAGGAAUGUAGUUUGUCAGGAGGUCGAGUUGGGGCCGAGCGUGCUGUUCCGUAAGAAUCGCAAAUGGAAAGGGGAUGUUGAUGAACCAGGUAUUUUCAGGGUGGUGACAACAAGAAAGAAGGAAGUACAUUUUGUGUGUGAAGGUGGGGUUGAAACGGCAAAACUGUGGGUUAGGGGUAUUAAGAUUGUGACCAGCGCUGCUUCGAGUAAGCAUCAGAACCAAGGGUGAUGAGUGAGGUUUUGUGGUCUAAUGUAUGUAAACAAAUUUUGAGAAAGUAUUUCUAUCUUGGAAGUAAAUUUUGCAGUUUUUUACUGCCUUGUAUUGUAAAAAGGUUUUUUGAUCGCCUGUUGCUGUAAAAUAUUUUCCAAGGAAAUGAAAAUUGUAAUUCAAUAUGAA